GACCACGAGGACCCGAGGCACAAUCGGGCGCAAUCGGGUCCAAUAACCGCCACGCAAUCGGGCUGCCGCCGGCCUAGCACAGCCUAGCCUGCCCUGUCGGUGCUGUCAGUGCCGACGGAGCUGAGCGCGCCGCGCACCGCGUGUGUUUGUGUUGCUGUCCCGCCGGCAGUGCGACGCCGAGUCCAGGACGCCGGGACGUCCACGACGUCGAGACUGCGGUUCCCUGUCCUUUGCUCCGUUUGGCCGACAUGGCCACGGCCGACGGGGCCGACGACGACCCCUGGCAGGUGUCGCCGCAAGAGCUGUGGCGGCGCGCGGGCGAGUGGUGCGACAGCCACCUGCGGCCGUGGGGGGCGCCACCAGUCCCCGCCCCCAGCCCCGCCCCCGCCCCCGCCCCCGCGCCCGGAGACGGCGCUGACGAGCAUGCCGCCGCCGCCGCGCUCCUCGGCGCCGCCACGGUGACCACCGCCGUGGUGGAGCUGGCCGCCGCCCCCUCGGAAGAGGUUCCGCUGCAGCCGGGGACGCGGCGGCCGCGGCUCAGGCUCGACGUCGGCGCCAGGGAGCGGUCCUUCUACUCCAAGCUGGGCGUGAGGGAGGCCCUGUACGGCAGGGAAGCGGGCCCCAAGGACGCCGACAUGGAUGAGAUGCGGUUGGCGGCGGCGCAGGAGGCAGCGGCCCAACACCGUGCAGGACGUGAUUCGCCGGGGGGCGGCCUCAUGGGGGGCCCUCACGGCGGCGGGGGCCACGGCCCCCCCGCCAACGGUCCCUCCUCGCUGUUCCUGUUCAACGAGGGGAACCCCAUCCGCAAAUACACACGCUUCAUCAUCGAGUGGCCUCCGUUUGAAUAUGCCGUGCUGCUUACCAUUAUCGCCAACUGCGUGGUGCUCGCCUUGGAGGAGCACUUACCAGAAGGCGACAAGACCAUCUUGGCGCAGAGACUGGAAAAGACGGAGCCGUACUUCCUGGGUAUCUUCUGUGUCGAAGCAUCCCUCAAAAUUUUAGCUUUAGGUUUUGUACUCCAUCGUGGUUCUUAUCUUCGUAACAUUUGGAACAUUAUGGAUUUCUUCGUAGUAGUAACAGGGUUCGUCACAAUCCUCUCCAGCACGGCUAACCCAGGGAUAGACCUCAAGACAUUGAGGGCCAUCCGAGUGCUCAGGCCCCUCAAACUAGUGUCGGGAAUCCCUAGUCUGCAAGUCGUGUUGAAGUCCAUUAUAAAAGCCAUGGCACCCCUCCUUCAGAUUGGAUUACUUGUGUUAUUUGCUAUUGUCAUCUUUGCCAUCAUUGGUCUAGAGUUUUAUUCUGGAGCCUUGCACAAAACAUGUUACAAAUUAGAAGACUUAAAUGAAAUAGAUAAGGAGGGGGAGGCUGAAACGCCAUGCAACACAGACAACAAGACUGAGGCACCGGCUGGUAGUUAUGUUUGCAAUCCCAAUGUGUCAACUUGUUUAGAAGAGUGGGAGGGGCCUAAUUAUGGCAUCACAUCAUUCGACAAUAUAGGAUUUGCUAUGCUCACUGUGUUCCAAUGCAUCACUAUGGAAGGCUGGACUACUAUUUUGUAUUGGACAAAUGAUGCACUAGGCAGCACUUUCAAUUGGAUUUACUUUGUUCCCCUCAUCGUUCUGGGGUCUUUCUUCAUGCUCAACUUAGUUCUUGGUGUUCUUAGUGGUGAAUUUGCUAAGGAGAGGGAGAAGGUGGAGAAUCGACAAACUUUCCUGAAAUUACGAAGGCAUGCCCAGCUAGAAAAAGAACUGAACGGCUACGUAGACUGGAUCUGCAAAGCGGAGGAAGUAAUUCUUGCAGAAGAAAGAACAACAGAGGAGGAAAGAAUGCACAUCAUUGAAGCUAGGAGACGAGCUGCAGCUAAACGAAAGAAACUGAAAAAUUUAGGGAAAAGUAAAAGCACAGAUACUGAGGAAGAAGCUGAGGAAGAAGAGGAUGAUGGGGAGGUGGAUAAAAAGGCUCUGAAAGGUUACUCAAGAACCUCAUACCUUAAAACUAAAGUAAAAAGUAAAGGAGCCUGUGUGGAUUUUUGGAGAGCAGAAAAGAGGUUCCGGUUUUGGAUCCGACACACUGUGAAAACUCAGGGCUUCUACUGGUUUGUCAUUGUGUUGGUUUUCUUCAACACAGUGUGUGUAGCUGUUGAACAUUACAACCAGCCCGCAUGGCUUACUGAUUUUCUCCAGUAUGCUGAGUGGGGUUUCUUAGGACUAUUUAUGAUGGAAAUGUUCAUCAAAAUGUACGCGUUGGGGCCACGAAUAUAUUUUGAAUCUGCCUUCAACCGUUUCGACUGUGUAGUUAUCAGUGGAUCUAUCUUUGAAGUAAUUUGGCAAAGCCUCAAAUCGGGAUCAUUUGGGCUGUCAGUCCUCAGAGCUCUGAGACUGCUAAGGAUAUUUAAAGUUACAAAGUAUUGGUCGUCACUACGUAAUCUGGUCAUAUCACUGCUCAAUUCGAUGCGCUCCAUCAUUUCUCUGCUGUUUCUUCUCUUCCUUUUCAUCCUCAUAUUUGCACUGCUAGGCAUGCAAUUAUUUGGUGGCCAAUUUAACUUCCCUGAAGGGACUCCUCCCACGAAUUUCAAUACAUUCCCUAUUGCACUUCUUACUGUCUUCCAAAUUCUUACUGGAGAGGAUUGGAAUGAGGUGAUGUAUUAUGGUAUCCAGUCCCAGGGUGGACCUCAACGAGGCAUGGUAUACUCCAUGUACUUCAUUGUGUUGGUACUCUUCGGUAACUACACACUCCUCAACGUCUUCCUUGCUAUCGCCGUCGACAACUUGGCAAAUGCACAAGAACUUACUGCUGCUGAGGAGGAGCAAGAGGAAGAAGAUAAGGAGAAACAACAAAUGGAGCUUGAAAAAGAAAUGGAAGCUCUUCAAGGGCCAGAUGGGUCAAAGGUUGAUGUUACAUCGCCCUCACCUUCCCAUAAUCAUAGAAAGAAGGGAAAGAAAGGGCAUGAAGAAGAGAAAAAAGAGGAAGAAGAAAUUGUUGGACCUAAACCUAUGCUGCCUUACUCAUCCAUGUUUAUUCUUUCUCCGACUAAUUCGGUUCGGAGAGCUGCUCACUGGGUUGUUAAUCUUAGAUACUUUGACGCCUUCAUCAUGGUGGUCAUCAGUUUGAGUAGUAUAACACUGGCUGCAGAAGAUCCUGUUGUUGAAGAAUCUACAAGAAACAAUGUUUUAAAUUACUUUGACCACAUUUUCACCAGUGUUUUCGCUGUUGAAAUGAUUUUAAAGAUUCUUGAUUUGGGAGUUAUCUUGCAUCCUGGGUCUUACUUGCGUGAGUUCUGGAACAUUAUGGAUGCAGUUGUAGUGGUCUGUGCAGGUGUCUCCAUUGGUUUUGAUAUAACGGGAUCAUCUGCUGGUUCAAAUCUCUCCACUAUCAAAUCUUUGAGAGUGCUGAGAGUUCUUAGACCUCUUAAAACUAUCAAGAGAGUUCCAAAACUAAAAGCAGUCUUUGACUGUGUUGUAAAUUCUCUUAAAAAUGUGAUCAACAUUCUUAUUGUGUACAUACUCUUUCAAUUUAUUUUUGCUGUCAUUGCUGUCCAACUGUUCAAUGGAAAAUUCUUCUUCUGUAACGAUGAAAGUAAAUUUACCAGCGCUGAGUGCAAAGGAUACUACUUUGUGUAUGAAAGUAGUGACCAACUUCCACGGGCUGAAAAGAGAGUUUGGGAUAAGCAAUCAUUUCAUUAUGACAAUGUGAUGGCGGCCAUGCUCACCUUAUUUGCUGUCCAGACGGGAGAAGGAUGGCCACAGGUUUUGCAAAAUUCAAUGGCUGCUACAUAUGAAAAUAAUGGACCUAUCCAAAAUUUUCGCAUUGAAAUGUCUAUUUUCUACAUAGUUUACUUCAUCGUCUUUCCUUUCUUCUUUGUGAAUAUCUUCGUUGCGUUGAUUAUUAUUACCUUUCAAGAGCAAGGAGAAGCAGAACUACAAGAUGGUGAAAUUGAUAAGAAUCAGAAAUCCUGUAUUGAUUUUACAAUACAAGCCCGGCCGCUUGAAAGAUACAUGCCGAAAGAAAGAAAUAGCGUCAAGUACAAGAUAUGGAGGAUAGUUGUCUCAACUCCAUUUGAGUACUUCAUCAUGAUUUUGAUUGUGUGCAAUACCCUACUCCUGAUGAUGAAGGUUCACAAUCAAACGGAUGUGUUCAAGACAACACUGCGCUACAUGAACAUUGGCUUCACCAGCAUGUUUACGAUUGAGAGUAUUCUCAAAAUCGCAGCAUUCGGAGUAAGGAACUACUUCAAGGAUGCUUGGAACACCUUCGAUUUUGUGACUGUGGUCGGCAGUAUUGUGGAUGCCUUAGUCAUCGAACUGGGGGAGCUCCAAGAUAAGGCAAAUAUCACUUCGACUAACUCAAUCAAUGUUGGAUUUCUGCGACUUUUUCGAGCCGCCCGUCUCAUUAAACUUCUCCGUCAAGGUUACACUAUCCGUAUCCUGCUUUGGACAUUUGUCCAAUCAUUUAAGGCCUUGCCAUACGUCUGCUUGCUGAUAGCAAUGCUGUUCUUCAUCUACGCCAUCAUCGGAAUGCAGGUGUUUGGUAACAUUGCACUUGAUCCUGGAUCGUCUAUUACAAGACACAACAACUUCCGCAACUUUGUUCAGGGCCUAAUGCUACUCUUCAGGUGUGCAACUGGUGAAUCAUGGCCGAGCAUAAUGCUGUCUUGCAUCAAAGGAAAAAUUUGCGAUCCAAAGGCAAAGAAAACUGGUGAAACUUGCGGCUCAAAUCUUGCAUAUGCAUAUUUUGUUUCCUUCAUCUUCUUCUGUUCAUUUCUUAUGUUAAAUUUGUUUGUUGCCGUUAUUAUGGAUAAUUUUGAUUAUUUAACUCGUGAUUCAUCUAUCCUGGGUGCUCAUCAUCUUGACGAGUUUGUACGAAUAUGGGCCGAAUAUGAUCCUAAUGCCACAGGCAAGAUUUUGUAUUCAGAAAUGUAUGAUAUGCUUAAGAACAUGGAUCCACCAUUAGGAUUUGGCAACAAGUGUCCGAACAGAUUAGCUUACAAGAAACUAAUUCGUAUGAAUAUGCCUAUGGAUGCUGAAGGCCGAGUACAAUUCACUACAACCCUCUUCGCUUUAAUUAGAGAAAAUUUGAAUAUUAAAGUUCGUGCUGCUGAUGAAAUGGAGCAGGCUGAUGAAGAAUUGCGGGAGACAAUUCAGAAAAUUUGGCCCCUGCAGGCCAAGAAAAUGUUGGAUCUUCUUAUUCCUAGGAAAGAUGAGCUUGGCAGAAACAAAAUGACAGUUGGCAAGGUGUAUGUCUCUUUGCUCAUCAUUGAAAAUUGGCGAGCCAUGAAAGCAACUGCGGGCACUGGACAACAGGGCUUUGGUGGUCAUAGUCCUUCCAAUGAGGCGCCAGGGAAUACGUUGUUUAACCUGACACGGGGGCUCAACCUCACUGGCCAUGGCUGGCCAGGAAACAGCCGAAGCGGAUCCUUGGAUCACAAUGGAACAACGGGCAUGAAUGCUGAGGAAAUAAGUCUUUUGGGUCGGAGAGCCACACCCCGCAAGAAGAGCUUCCGGAACAAAAAGGGAACGGAAGCAAGCGAGCAUCGGAUGUCACAGGAAUCCCUUGUCGACCAACGGCGGCUACAUCCAGAUAGCUAUGGACUUCAUCGGACAGGGUCUAGGUCUAGAUCUCCUAGUUUAAGGCAUCGUGGACGCUCGCCCACCCCGAUAGGCCGGGCAUCUUCGCCCCAUGGCAGGCAUCACUACCGGCAUCCUCACCACGAAAUAGGAUUUAGUGAUACAGUAUCCAAUGUUGUUGACUUUGUCAAACAUGAGCACAGAAGACAUCACCCAAGAACCAGAGUGUUGUGCUCUCCUCCGCCAGGUUCCUGGUCCGCGUCCACCAGCCCCGCGCGCUCCCCCAGCCCCAGCCCACGGUACAACGGCGUCGGCAUGGGCCAUGGCAUGGGCCACGGCAUGAGCCAUGGCAUGGGCCACGGCAUGGGCCACCGCUACGGGACGACGAGCCUGGAGCAGCGGUCACGCUCCCCCAGCCCGGGCGCGGGGGCGGGAGCACGGGGGAGCGGCGGGGCCCACCAUCACCUGGGGCACGGGCCGGGAGCACAACAACACCACCACCAUCACCUACCCAGGCCGCCGUCAGGGGCUCUGCCGCCACCCCACGCUGGCUUUGGGCCCCACGGGGGGCACAUGGGUGGCCUGGGAGCCCCCCUGCGGCCGCAGCAGCAUAGCUACCCCGUGCUGGUGACGCGGCGCGGCCAGGGCCGCCGCUUGCCGCCCACCCCAAGCAAGCCGUCGACGUUACAGCUGCGCCCGGCGCCCAUCAACUUCCCGCAGCUCAACGCCUCGCCGACGCACUACCCGCUGCCGCAGCCGCCGCAGCGGGACCCUUCGGUGGCCGCGUACUGCCCGCUCAGCUUCGAGCAGGCCGUCGCCAUCGGGCGCGGGGGCCGACUGCUGCCUUCCCCCGUGCCCAACGGCUACAAGCCGGGCCAGGGGCCUGGGCAGGCUGGGCUGGCUGGGCAGGCACAGCCGCCUCCCCACCGCAAGCGCAGCCGGCACUCGGACUCAGAUGACGAUGACUGGUGCUAGCCCAGCGCCCCGCCCCCACUCGGCACCCCGCCCCAUCCCCCCUCGCCCUCUCCCUGCCUACGCCUAUUGUUAUUUAUUAAAAAAUUGUACAUAAAGUCCCCUUGUUUUUUAAUACUGGAAUCGAGCGCACAUUGUGACACGUGUGACAGUGCCACGCUCCCCCGGGGUGUCGGUGCCGACUGUGGGGCCUCGGGGACACGCAACCCGUACGGGGUGUCCCCAAAGACUUCUUACCAGAUUGCCAAGUGCAUCUACUGCCAAGUUUUUAAACUAUUGUUCUCUACUGCGUUGUGUGAAAAACUUUCCUUCUUUGUCUUGACUCGUAAUUGAUAAAGUGUACAGUUUUUCGUGCAAAUUCACAAUUCUCUGUAAAUUUAUUACCAAGAGCUGGCUUUAUGAACUUAAGUUAUUGUUGUGUUUCUUUACUUUAGGUUUUACAUUUUACUGUGAUAUGAUAGCAAGACAGAAAAUAUUAUAAACUAAAAAAAGUGACAUUAAAAUCUUAUUGGUGCUCAGUUCUGCCAACCAAGAGUUUAUGAAGAGUGUUUGAAAAACUUAAACAAAAAAAGAAGACAGAAGAGGAGAUGUGGUGUUUGCUGUAGGGUAGACUAGAGUGAAGGAAGCAGAUUGUGUUUUGGGGUCGCUAAAUUUGUACAGAUUUGUAUGAUCCCAAAGAGGAGGAGUGUUAAUCCUGACUGACCAUAUGUUGUUCACUUAUUAUUUUUUCUGUUCUAAUUUGUUCAUCAUGUUUUUAUUUUAGUGGCAAACUAUGUACCUUAUAACUGUGUAAACCUUUCCUGCCAUGCAGCAAAGCAUUUAUUAUGAUACAACAAUUCGUCCUCCUUGGAUACUUCUAUAUUUCCUAUUAUUAUGAUUAUUGUUAUUAUCAUCAUUAUUAUUAUUGUUAUUAUAUACCUAUCAAAAGUUAUCAUGCCAAUACUGCUAUUCUUUGAUUGUUGAAGUGAGUGAUAUGAAAUCAAAUUUUGUGGGAUCUAAGAAAGCUAUUUUUUAUUUACUCUUAGCCAAUUGUGAAACUUUGGUUUGCCACGGAUAUGAAUUGUGUGUCACAGCUGCACCAAAACUGAUACUAGCUAUUAUUUUCCAUGGUUUGCCAUUAAAAUAAACAUUUUCUUGUUAAAAAUCUUUUAUGAAACUUGUGGAUCCAAAUGUUGUUUACUACUUAUGUUAGAUUGAGAUGAGUGACUGUAUACAAAGGGUAGGUUCAUGCCAUUCUUUUCUAUCCUUAAGGUCCUUUUCAUACAAUAUGUGGAUCGUUAUUAUACCUGUUGACUUGGUUCAAGACUUCCCACUGUUAUUAUAAACACAUUAUCAUUUAUUGUGAGUGAGAAAGAAGCCCUUUAAUGAUUACAGUUGUAUGUUGUUUGUUCAUUUCACAACAGAAUCAAAAAAUUUUGUAUAUUGCUACAAAUCAGGGAGAGACUGUGUGAAUGAGUGUGUGCGUGCUUGAGUGAGAGGAAUGAUUGUGUGAACUUCUCAUUUUAUCUGCAAAUGAAUUUCACUCACCCUAAAAUGAAGUGCCCAGAAUAAGAUAUCCUCGACAAAAUUUGUUGACAAAACAUUUAACUGCUCUCCGCCACUGUUGUAAUUGUAUUCCUCAUGUCUCUGGGUGUAUAUAUGUGUUUCAGAGUGUGAUAGAAGAUUGAUGAAUUUUAAACAAACAUCAGCUUUUCUACAUGUGUCCAUUUUUGUAGUACAAGUGGCUAAAAGUUAGCCCCAGCCCUGAUGCUCUUGUGACCAUCAAAGUUUUGGACAACCUAUUUUUCCAAUUUGUGCUUUAUAUAAGUUUUGAAAAUGGUUCCAAUGAAAACUCAGCUAGCAGCCAUAUCAUGCAGGGAGUGUUACUAUACUUCCUAAACUUUUGUUGGGAAAAAAAAAGUUUCAUAUUAACCCUUUUAACAUUGGAAAAGUUAUCAUUUAUUCUGGCGUUUUUCAUGUAUGUAUUUCACAUAUGUGCAUCAAAAGAAGAAGCAUUUGGAAAUGUAGUCAUGUUUUAUUUUCAUUCUUUUUUGAGUCCUGUUCAGUCCCUUUCAUAAAAGGAAACUUGAGAAAAUCUAUUAUGUACUGAUCAAAUUUUCUUAUACGUAUGUCUUCAUUUUGUAGGAUUGCCUUGUCAAUCAACUGACCAGUAUGUCGCAGGUUAAAUAUGCCCUUUUCUACUAACAUAGUUAUUUCUCACUAUUUCUUUUACUUGAGACACAGCAUUUAAAUAAUACCAAUACUUCUUCUAAAUAUGUAAGAGCAGUUAAAAGGUUCAAACACAUACUUCUGUUUAAUAUUCAGAUGUGGAUUUCCAAUUACAUCUCGGACAAAACUACACCACUUUAACUACGUUACUUCUUUUUUAUUGAUAUGACUUACGAACUGCUACUAGGACUUUUACUACACCCAAUCAUAAUGGGGCCAAAUUCAAGUAGGCCCUUUUGAAUAAGAAUGAAAAAGAUAAAAUGGUAACAUCUUGUUUAAAAAACGCUAGUAUGCUGUACAGAAACAUAUUUUUCAACAUCUAUGGAAUAAAGUUGUGUUUUUGCUUCAGCA